CGACUCUGUAGCCACGUUGGGGCAUGCGCAAAGAGAUUCCCUAAGGCUCUUGAGGGCCUAGAGAGGGCCUCAGACUUUAAUUGCCUUAGUUUUAACUUUUGCCGCUGGUUUAGGGAAGGCGAGCCGUAACUUCAUGGAGAGGAGACAAGGUUCGGGUUCAGGAAAUUCGAGACGGCCCGGGCAACCCACAGUAUGAAACAGAAAACUACCCGAAGCCGGAUGAGCCUCCUGCGAGGAAUAGUCAAGAAACUUUUCCCGAGGUGGGAAAUAAGGGUCCUGCCUUCCGAGAGCCUGUGUAAAGAAGAUGACUCAAGUUGGGCCUUUGCUUGCCGUGCAGGAGGCCCUAAGGAAGUGCUUUCUCGUGGUGGAGGAGCAGCAAGGCCUGUGGCAGAGCGUUCUUAAGGACUGCUCGCCGCUCCUGGCCUCCCUCAGUAACCUGGCAGAGCAGCUGCAGGCCGCACAAAAUCUGCGAUUUGAGGAUGUGCCGGCACUUCGGGCCUUCCCAGACUUACAGGAGCGGCUGAGACGCAAGCAGCUGGCGGCUGGUGACAUUGUCCUGGACAAGCUAGAGGAGAGGCUAGCCGCCCUCCUCAAGGUGCGUGAUGUGGUCAGCAGCCACGUGGAACAUGUGCUUCAGACCUAUGAGCGGCAUGCAGACACAAUCGGCCUGGAUGCUGUCCUGCAGGCUUCAGCUGCAAGCCCCUCUGUGGCUGAAAUGUUGGAGUGGUUGCACGAUAUCGAGAGACACUAUCGAAAUUUCUACCUGAGGAGGAGGCACCUCCUGUCUUCCAUCCAGUGGGGAGACCUGGAAAACAUUCAAGCUUUGCCCAAAGCCUGGGACCGAAUUUCAGAAGCUGAACACCCAGACCUUAUACGAGAUAUCCUGUUGAGUGUUUCCUUCUUCCUGGAAGAGUGAACAAGCCGUGUGUUUAUUGGGAGACUGGGGGGAAGAAGACCGAUGUUGCUGCUCUCUGAAAUGGCAGCAUUGCAACCUGACAUAUGGGAAAUAUCAGUGCCUUCGAACCUGAGGACUGGUUCUUGGGAGGAUUGUGCUAGAGGUUUCUGACAUAGGGGCUUCUUCAUGCCAGGUCAUGGGCGGGUACAUGGUCACCCCUGCCCUUUCCAAAGGCUCAGAGGAGUGGACGAAGGCAGAGAGGAUUCAGGACAGGUGGUGCAGAAUGCUGGGGGGCAGAAGCAACAGCCACAGAAGUGGUGCAGAAGUGACACCGCCCUCAGUGUCAUCCAGAGCUCUGAGCCUCGUUGACACCAGGUCCUAGUUUUGUGUAAUUGUGUCAGUACCUGACUCCUUGAUGAAAGAAAGUGGUGUUGAUGAUUUAAAGAAAUAGGGCUGAUGUUGAUGUCUUCCUGCUGUAAUAGCGCCUUAUCAUCAAGGCGGUUUCAGUUUCCAGAGCCUACCACCAGGGGGAGGUCGUGCAGCAGGAGUGAUUCAGGACGUUUUUUGUUUGGCGGUGCUCUUAAGGUCUGAGAGUAAGCAAGUGGGAUAGUGGGACCCCUAAAAUAACAGGUUUUUCUUUUUACCAAAGCUGGCAACUGCCUUGCCACAGUCCUCUGAUCUUGAAUGGGUGGGAGAGCACCAGCCCAGAGUCAGGCAUUCAGGGUUGUGUUUCUGAGGCCUAGUGCUUUCAUUGUGAAAUGAUCAUGGUACUUCCAGACCUUCCUAGCCUGGGAACCUCCAUAUGCCAUGGGUGUGGCCCCAAAAAACAACAACAAAAAAUAAGCUACAAUACAUUCAUACAAUGGUAUACAAUGAUAUGUAAUUGUGUUGAGCUAUAUGUGCAGAUAUGAAAAACUGGCCAAAGGAUUUUAUUUUUUGCCUUUUAGGGCCACACCUAUUGCCUAUGAAAGUCCCCAGGCUAGUAGUUGAAUUGGAG